AUGGCCGUCAUAACAUCGGCGUUCCUAUCAAAGGGACCACUGUUCAUCUUCUGCGUCGUUGGAACCAUAUACACGCUAUACGUCCUGCCCGGAAGCAACCUUGGGACCCAAACACAAACACCGUCCAGUCUCGCCCCGACGACGACGACCUCGGAGCCCAGCGAUGAAACCACCACACUGCCGCCCAUAUCAAGGAAGAUAUGGCAGGCCUACCUAAGCAACACGGUCGACGAAGGCGCCAUGAAUAGUAUCCACCACUGGCCCGCAAGUAAGAAGACCACCCACCCACCCAACCCAGUACCAUCUCCCAAGUCCCCUCACUUACAAGACAAACCAACCGCAGUGGCGCCCAACUGGACCUACACCCUCCUAGGCGACGCCGGCGCCAACGCCUUCGUGGACACGACAUUCCACGACCGCGCCGAUAUCAGAUCAACAUACCACGCACUCAGCCACUGGGUGUUGAAAUCAGACUUCCUGCGGUACAUGCUGCUCUGGGGCGAAGGCGGCAUCUACAGCGACCUGGACACGAAACCACAGGUCGCCCCCUCGGAGUGGGUGCCCGCAGGCGCGCACCGCGACCGCGUGCGCCUGAUCGUCGCAAUCGAGUACGACAGCGCGGUGCUGGGCCCGACCGAGAUGUACCCGAUCCAGUUCAGCCAGUGGACCAUCGGCGCGGCGGCGCGCCACCCCGUCAUGGGCUGCAUGCUCGAGAGGGCGCUGACGGGGAUCCGCGACAUGGCGGCCGCGAAGGGGAUCACGGUCGGCGAGAUCGACCCGGGCGAGAACGCCGUGUACAACGCCACGGGCCCCAUCGCCUGGACCGAGUGCGUGAUGGACGGGAUAGGGGCGGCCCUGGGGCCGGACGUGCCGUUCGCGCACUCCAACCUGUCCGAGAUCGCGGAGCCGAGAUAUUACGGCGAUAUCACGAUCCUGCCUGACGGCUACUUCGCGGCCGCUUUGCCGGUGGGCUCGCCGAAACCGAACAACGGGGACAGGGUCGGCUUGGUGUCGCAUGAUUUUCGGGGAGCGUGGAAGCAUUCGUGA